AUGUCAAGAAAUUUUCAAACUGUUAAGAGAGGAGAUAGAUUCCCAACCGAUGCUACAAUGUUCCACAUUCCAUCAUCUGGGGGUGGGCCAGCUCCUUUCAAUUUGAGAGAGACCGUGCAAGGCAAGAGAUUUAUUGUCGUUGCCGCUCCAGGUGCUUUCACGAGUACCUGUCACGAGGAACAUCUCCCACCAUACAUCAAGAACUUGCCAACUUUCUUGAAGAAGGGAAUUGACUUCAUCCUGGUGAUCACUGCCAACGAUGCAUUCGUAUUGAACUCAUGGAAGAAGGCUCUGGGAGCCGAUUCCGACAAGAUCAUCUUCGCUUCUGACACCAACUUGGAGCUGGCCAACAAGUUGGGACUGACCCUCGAUCUGUCAGUUGCUGGACUGGGUCAAAGAACCGGAAGAUUUGCCUUAAUCGUUGGAAAAGACGGUGUGGUGCAAAACGUGUUUGCAGAGAAGGGCCCUGAGGUCAAGCAUUCCUCCGCCGACAGGGUUCUAGCAAAGUUGUAA